AAGGCCAACGAAGCGGCCUGUAUUGUAGUGCAAUUGUGCAUAGUGUCACUGUACCAAGCACUGUACCAUUGUACCCUAGUACUAAUGUACUAGGUGUAGUACCAUUGUACAUAGUAACACUGUACCAAGUGCAGUACCGCUGAACCAUAGUACUACUGUACCAAACGCAGUUUCAGUGUACUAUAGUAUUACCGUACCACCGUAAAUGGAUUUUUCAGAAGAUCGUCUCUCGGAGAUGUUUUCCCGCUACCUCCGCCCCUAUGUGCCGCCACCCCGCCGUCGAUGGUACAGGGGAGGCUCCCGCUACAAUCCACGCUACUCGGCAUUUGACCCCUGGGCAGGACACCGCUUCCGCUACGGAAAUAGCCGAAGACGGAGGUUCCGAAGACGUCCUAAUUUCCGGUUCCGGGACCGUUUCUAUUACAGACCGGGAACUAUACCAGAAACACCCAAAGAGGAGGAGCCUGAGGAGCCUGAACCGCCCAGCGAGGAGGUCCUAAAGGUUCUCCACGUAGAGGACGUCGACUUCCACAUCGCGGAGAAUACACGGGCUCAUCGGACGGACAAGUACGACAAGACACAGGAUCGGGUGUCCGAUGAUGGGGAAAAGGAAAAUGGUGAACUGGUGAUCCGCCGGGGUAAGGAAUUCCUGAUCACCCUCAAUAUGGACCGGCCGUACAACAAAGAGAAGGACGAUCUGAGACUUGUGUUCAGGAUAGGGGAUACACCUUUACCUAAUAAAGGAACAGAGAUUGUUAUCAGGGUGAAUGAGAAGUCGUAUUCUUCUAUCCCUGACAUCACGGCCUGGAGAGCAUCGAUUCAGUCCAUCAGAGGUAAUGACGUGAAACUGUCCGUGUACCCCGCCGUUAACUCCAUUAUCGGAGAAUGGGACUUUGCUGUCCAAACCGUGCUGAGCCAACAGGAUGGGACGGACAAGGUGUUCGAGUACGACGAACCGGACAACGUCUACAUCCUCCUAAACCCGUUUUGUCGUGACGACAUAGUGUACAUGGACACCCAGGAUCUGCUGGACGAGUACAUCCUAAACGACCAGGGCUGUCAGUGGUACGGCGCCUACACAAAGCCCAGGGCCAGGCCCUGGUUUUUCGGACAGUUUGAGGAUGGAAUUCUAGACGCCAGUCUUCAUCUGCUUCGGAAAGGUUAUGGUCUCGAGAUUACCAAGGAAAUGUCCAAUCCUGUGAUGAUCAGCCGGAUGCUGUCCAAAAUGGUGAAUAAUUGCGACGACAACGGCGUGCUGGUUGGCAACUGGUCAGGGGUCUACGACGACGGACAACGACCAACGUCCUGGAGUGGAAGUGAAGCUAUCUUGAAACAAUACAUGGAAACAAAAGAACCUGUGAAGUAUGGACAGUGCUGGGUGUUUUCUGGACUCUUGACAACAGUGUGCAGGGCGUUGGGCUUACCGUGUCGCAGUAUUACCAACUUUGAGAGUGCUCAUGAUACAGAUGCCAGUGCUACCAUUGACAAGUACUUCAAAAUAGAGAACGGGAGAAGGAUCGAACUGAGAGGAAUGGCGAGUGAUUCCAUUUGGAACUUCCACGUGUGGAACGAGGUCUGGAUGUCACGCGCUGAUCUACCCAAGGGCUACGAUGGUUGGCAAGCCAUCGACGCCACACCACAGGAAACUAGCGAAGGCAUGUUCCAGUGUGGACCGUCGCCAGUGGCGGCCAUCCGUAAAGGACAUCUGUGGCUGCCUCAUGACUCACCCUUUGUCUUUGCUGAGGUGAACGCCAAUGUCGUGUAUCAUGAGGUUACUCUUGGCGGUCUCAAGGUCGCUGAAGUGAAUAAGAAAAAGGUUGGGAAGAAACUGUCCACAAAAGCUCCAAAUGGAAGGCCUCUGCAGAUGCAUUUCGGAAUCGGAGACCAUCCUGACAGAUUAGACUGUACUCACCUUUACAAACCACCAGACGGUAGCAACGACGAGAAGUUAGUGUUGGAAACUGUCGCCAGGUACGUCGGCAACAUUGGGAACUUUGAAGGCGUUGACCAGGGAAUUUCUGUGUUUAUUGAUAACCUGGAGACAGUAAUGGUGGGUUCGAACUUUGAGAUCCGGAGCCACGUGCAGAAUGUCAGUCGAGUGAGAAGUACAGUCGACAUCACAAUUACUGUGAAAAUGAUCAAGUACACAGGCGCGGAACUGGAAAUCAUCAAGUCUCUGUCCUUCCUGGGAGAGCUUCUGAGAUCGGGAGAGAGUAAGUUGCUGACGGUGUCAAUUAGCGUGGAGGAUUAUCUGGAGAAGCUACACGGGGAGGACGGUAUGAGGGUGGAGGUGGCCGGCAAGGUGCGUGAAAACGACGAAAGCUUCAUGAAGGAGGAAGAGUUUACGUUUGAUCACCCAGAUAUAAUCGUCACGCCGAGGGGCCCAUACAUCAUCGACAAACCUUUUGAGGUUUUGCUGGAGGUAGAGAACCCUCUAUCUGUGCCGUUAACUGAGUUGUCCCUGCGUCUGGAGGGACCCGGAUUGCGAUCCAGUGGCAAGAUAAUCCGCCCAAAGCAGACAACGGUUCCAGCUUUAGGUAAAUUCUCAGAGACUAUCAGUCUAACACCCAGAAAGGCGGGUAAUCGAGCCAUCAUCGCUAAUUUCGACUGCAAGGAGCUUCCAGAUAUCACGGGCCAAGUUGAAAUCGACGUCCCACCAAUUGACGUCAUAAAUGAAAACAUGCAUGCUGAUGUCACUGUUCAUACAUGAAUGGUGACGUCACAAAUCAUAUAUGUAUGUAUGAUGGCGUCACGUGCAGGGACCACUUCCACAAAACUUCGUAAGUUACAUUUCUCGUAACUUUUUUCGUGAAACGUUGUCUAGAUUAUAGUGCCAUAAGGCGACGUCACUUAUGAGAAAAGUUACGAAAGAUUUAUUUACGAAGUUCUUAGUAAGUGGGCCCAGGAGCGAAGGCUUCAUCUACUCUGACGUCAUAUCGUUACCCAUGCGGACUACCCUUACCGAUAGCAAAGGUAUUAGAUUGUAAGAUAAAGAAGGCAGCAAAGUCAACUUUGUAGACCCUUUUGAAAAUAGCUUUUGGUAACCAUAUACCGUGUGUAGACAUAUGUUUAUAAAAUGCGUGAUCCCUCUGCCAUACAAGUCUUCCUGUAUGUAACAAUAUUUUCGAUGUUAAUGAACAUAAGACUGAAAAUAAAUUUUAGUAAUAUACUUUGUAAAAAUGUACUAAUAUGUUAAAGAAAUAUAUGUACCAAACAGAAACGAGCCCUACAAAUGUAAACGAAAGUUAUUAUGUCGCAUUGAUAUAUUCUAAUGUAUCAUUCUGAGAUAUCAGUGUUCAUCUUCUUUAAGCUGUACGUUAGAAAGUGAGCAUAUGUACACAAGUCCUGCAGAGUUUUUGUUAUUUCUGGAGAUUUAUUUGAUAGUGAACUGCAAAGUGUAUACACAAACCCGUGGGUAAUAUUUACAUUAAACUACACUGUUGACCAUAAAGUUGGAAUAAAUUAAUUCGACGACUGAAUUCGGAGUUAUUCUAAUUGUACGCGGUAUUGAAUGCUUGAUUAUGGCGUAGAUAUCAGCAUAACACCAAAUGUUGGUCUUUUCUACACAUAUCAGCCUAUUGUAAUCUUUAAUGGAUCGAUUAUAGGCUGUAGAACGGCGUAAAAACAAA